CAACAGCGGAAGCCAAUUCAAACAAUCCUCAAGUAAGUCGUCGGUUCCGUAUUCUGGAAAACGUGCCCGACCAAACUCCCGGAAACUUAUCGCUCCGAGGACAAAGAAUCGUCCAGGAUUAUCCUCUAAAGCAACACAAAACUCCUGGAGCACUCAUCAUCAUCAGAACACAACAAGCAGCAGCUUCGGAGUGGCAAUCGAUCUUCACAAAUCGUAGUGAAUCGUCAGCUAGCCUCAGCUUAGCGGAACGGCCAGCGCAACCGCCCCGACAACGGCCAGCAAAAGUGAAAGCAGAGGUGAAAGAUGUCGAAAAAGCCUUCGACGGGGCCUGCCCUGCAUAAGGUGAUCAUGGUGGGCAGUGGUGGUGUUGGCAAGUCCGCCCUAACGCUGCAGUUCAUGUACGAUGAGUUCGUGGAGGACUACGAACCGACCAAGGCCGAUAGCUACCGGAAAAAGGUGGUGCUGGACGGUGAGGAGGUACAGAUCGAUAUUUUGGAUACGGCCGGCCAGGAAGACUACGCCGCCAUCCGGGAUAAUUACUUUCGCAGCGGCGAAGGGUUCCUGUGCGUGUUUUCCAUCACCGAGGACGACAGCUUUCAGGCGACGCUCGAGUUUCGCGAGCAGAUAUUGCGCGUGAAGAACGACGAAAGCAUACCGUUCCUGCUGGUCGGCAAUAAGUGCGAUAUGAGCAACAAGCGCAAGGUACUGCUGGCCGAGUGUCAGGCCCGUGCACGCCAGUGGGGCGUACCUUACCUGGAAACGUCGGCCAAAACGCGCGAGAACGUGGACAAGGUGUUUUUCGAUCUGAUGCGCGAGAUACGCUCACGGAAAACGGAGGACUCGAAACCGUCGAACGGCCGCGUCAAGGACAAUUCGAAGCGUAGAAAGAUCAAGUGUGCGCUGUUGUAGAGGGAGGCAUUUCGUUUUUGUAGACUGUAAGCUGCUAAAGCCCCUUGGGGACACGUUGUUGUACCGAUUAGCGUUACCCGUAGAGGUGUGUAUCGCCAUCGUAACACAUGGAUAGGGAGAGGGAGUGGGUUGGUCUGUGAACAAAAACUGUAACCAGAUAGUAUUGCGAGAAAACAAUUCCUUUUUUUGAUAACGCCAAAGCGUGGUCCAAGUGAACGAUCGUACAAAACAUGGUGCCGGACGUGGUAAUACUCAAGAAUCACAUGCAGCCCCCACCUGGGGUGAUGCCCAUGGUUCGCUACCAGUCUGACCUAAUUUUCUAUGAUAUGUUUUAGGCUAUAGUGCUUCGCAUUGUUGUAAUCCGUAAGCUUAAACCAACCCAGUGAUGCAUGUUCUUGAUAUUUUUUUCUACAAAAUCUAAGGAAAAAGGCGGAUUUGCUGGAAUUUAGAAUCCAUUACUGUGACUAUUUUGAACUGCCUGAAACGUUUCAGCAAUAAACAACCUCAUAUCAUGCAAAGAAAACACUUUUGCUCAACGCACUCAUACGCUCCACGCUGUACGUGCUGUUGCGCGGAAUGAAACGGUUCCAUUGUCACCGCCCAUCCACUGGAGACGGAUCAAGGAACGGAGUGUGUGAAUUAGUGCUAAUUAGAAUGAGUGUCAAAGGUUUCGCGUCGCGUCGUCGAAACAGGCAAGGGGAUAGACCAAAGAAUGGCUCCAUCGUUUGCAACCAGCAGCAGCAGCGGCAGGAGUUGUCGCAUGAACCAUUUACCUAAUGGAUUUGGUCUUUUAUUCGUCAUCGUCAGCAAAUAGAUCAUUAUUAAACACACAAACGAUAGCAAUAAGGUUCGGGACUUGUGGACAAUAAAUAAAGCGUAAAAUAUAUUGCAACAAA